GCGGCCCCACCUCCGGCUCCGCCCCACAGAUGGGAGUGGGGAGGAUCCGAGGGAAGCGCUGCUUUUGCGGGCUUUCGUCUUUCGUGCGUGUUUUUGCGUUGCUGGGGGUCCCUGCUUGGGGGUUUCUGAGCAGUGAUUAAAGAUAUUUCGAGUCCCAGCUUGAUGUGCUGAUCUUCGAGCUGUAGUCUGCCAUUUAGACGCAGAAGAACCUGGGAAAAUACGUUAGAACGUGGGAAAUUGGGUAGUUAGCAACGUGUAAUCAGCUUGAUUAGUUUUAUAGGAUCACAGAGUGGUUGGAGUUGGAAGGGACCUCCAAGGGCCGACUGGUCCCACUGCCUGCAAUGCACAGGGACACCCACAGCUCCAUCAGUGCUCAGAGCCUUUCUGCCUGACCCCGGAUACUGCAAGGAUGGGCACCACCACCUCACUGGGCAAUAUGUGCCAAUGCCUCACCGCCCUUAUACUAAACAACCUUUUCCUUUUAUCCAAUCUGAAUCAGGGUUUGGUGCCUCAAAGACCAGAUCUGUCAACAAAGAACAAGUGCUUUAAAUUAACACUUUAAAAACACAAUUCAGAGUAUGAGAUUAACCCAUUUACAUAAACUGGGGUAAUCCCAAGUUAAUGUAAACUGACAUCACUCCAGCACCACUGAGGGAGUGUUAACCACAGCAUCACAGAACCAUUCAGGUUGGAAAAGACCUCUCAGAUCUCCAAGUCCAACCCCAGCCCACCUCCACCAUGCCCACCUCCCUCUCAAACACUUCCAGGGAUGGGGAUCCCAGCACUCCCCAGGCAGAUGUGCCAAAGCAUCACCACUCUUUGGAAAAGAAGUUUUUCCUAAUACCCACCAGAAGCUUUUGGUGGAACUACCAUCAGGUGACCCGUGGUCUUUGCUUCUCUUCUCUCUCUGCUUGACCAAGCCAUAAACAGAGCUGCGCCAUUUAAACCAAAGAAAUGGAAACAUCACCAUUAUCUGAAAGCUACACAGGCAUGGCCUACCCAAUAAAGACACCCAGGUGUCAUUAGCAGGAUGCUCCCUUUGGAACUAACAGCUUCCACUCAGUUCCUGUCUACUUACAGAAUCAAAUAAUUCACUGUUGGAAGUUUUUUUUUGCAAUUGGAACCAAAAUUGCCACCAAUUUCCCAGGUUUUCCAAAUUCACUUUAAAUAAUAAUAAUAAUAGCAUUAAUUGCCCUAUGAGCUACCACAGCCGUGCCUAAAAAACCUGAUAGAUAGGAAAGGUGAAAAACCCAUUGCCUGAUGCUUGCAGUUUUUGGCACUGUAGCCAAGCCUUGCCCAAUGCCUUCACACACAACAGGCCAAGUCAGAAGGAGUUAUGACUUUCCCUCUUUAGCCCAGGGCAUUUCGUAUAACAUACCGAUCUGUUCUGGGGGGCCAGAACCAUCACCCUUUAAACAGAGUAGAAGAAAAUCGUUGUGAAGUUUCUGCUCUUUUUGUUUUUUUAUGGGAGAUACCUACUGAAAGGAGGCAUGAGGAAAGAUCAACACUUGCACAAAGCGAAGGACCUCUCAGGAUGCUUCUGAAGAACGCCUUGGGCGCAAGGAGUUAAUCUUCUCCCGGAUUUACUGGUUAUCAGAAAGGCUGUUGUAAGAAAGUUCUUGAUCUGACACUCUUUUGCUGUCCCCUCCCUUCUUUGUUCUCUUCCUUCUUUCUCUGAUUACAUCCAAAAACAACACCCAGCUGCCAGAGGUCAAUGUUUAAUGCUGCUCUGUGUUUAUAUAGUCCCCGGGAGCAGCGCUGGGCCCUUCAGCACUGGGCAGCUCCACCAUGGCUCCCUGCUGGCAGCUGCUUCUUGCCUUCAGGAAAUACCUGGUCAUCAUCCUGGUGCCCCUUCUCUUCCUACCACUGCCUCUGGCUGUUCCUAGCAAGGAGGCCCAAUGUGGGUAUGUUAUCAUCCUGAUGGCACUGCUGUGGUGCACGGAAGCUUUGCCGUUGGCUGUCACAGCCCUCCUUCCCGUCCUGCUCUUCCCAAUGAUGAACAUCAUGGAUUCGACAGCAGUCUGCAGGGAGUAUCUGAAGGACAGCAAUAUGCUUUUUAUUGGGGGACUGCUGAUGGCCAUUGCUAUUGAGAACUGGAACCUACACAAGCGCGUUGCUCUGCGGGUCUUGCUCAUCACUGGUGUCAGACCAGCCCUCCUUCUGAUGGGCUUCAUGCUCGUGACUGCAUUCCUGUCCAUGUGGAUCAGCAACACAGCCACCACUGCCAUGAUGGUGCCCAUAGCACAGGCGGUUCUGGAUCAGUUGCACCAGACAGGAAUGGGAUCUGAGGCACCCAACCAAGUGCUUGAGAAUGACAACAAGGCCUUUGAACUGCAGGAAGAGCCAACAAAAUCAAACAGCUUCAAAGAAACGGAGGAAAAAGGCAAUAACCAUGUCCUGGCAGUUGAGGAAGGCAAAGAGAAAAGUGAACACCCUAUAGACGAGAAGCACAAGAAACUCUGCAAGGGAAUGUCUCUCUCAAUUUGUUACGCAGCCAGUAUUGGAGGGAUUGCAACUCUGACUGGGACAACACCAAAUCUGGUGCUGAAGGGACAAGUUGAUGAGAUCUUUCCCAACAAUGACAACGUCAUCAACUUUGCCUCUUGGUUCUCUUUUGCUUUUCCCACCAUGGUUCUGUUGCUGGUUUUGGCCUGGAUUUGGCUGCAAAUUCUGUACUUGGGCUUCAAUUUUCAGAAGAAUUUUGGUUGUGUGAGAGAUCCCUCCGCAAAGACCAAAGAGAAACAGGCCUAUCAAAUUAUCAAGGACGAGAACAAGAAAUUGGGUUCCAUGAAAUUUGCAGAGAUUGCAGUCCUGGUCCUCUUCAUCCUGCUGGUACUGCUCUGGUUUACAAGAGACCCUGGUUUCAUACCUGGCUGGGCAACAGUUCUCUUCAACAAAAAUGAUACGAGCUUUGUCACUGAUGCGACAGUUGCCAUCUUCAUUUCACUGUUGCUGUUCAUCAUCCCUUCCGAAUUCUCUAUCCAGAAGCAGACAGGCAGCAAGACAAAGAUCCGAGCACCUCCAGCUCUCCUGAACUGGAAAGUAGUUCACGAGAAAAUGCCAUGGAACAUCGUGCUCCUGCUGGGUGGUGGCUUUGCCUUGGCCAAAGGCAGUGAGGAAUCCGGUCUGUCCGGAUGGUUGGGUACCAAACUCACUCCUCUGGAGCACAUCCCUCAUCCAGCCAUUGCGUUCGUGUUGUGUCUCCUUAUUGCUACUUUCACUGAGUGUGCCAGCAACGUGGCCACCACCACCCUCUUUCUCCCUAUCCUGGCUUCAAUGGCUCAAUCUAUCUGCCUCAAUCCACUCUAUGUCAUGCUGCCCUGUACACUUUCGGCAUCGUUGGCAUUCAUGCUCCCAGUGGCCACCCCCCCCAAUGCCAUUGUCUUCUCAUACGGACAUCUCAAGGUUAUAGACAUGGCCAAAGCUGGAUUUGUACUCAACAUCUUGGGCGUUCUGACAAUAAAUCUGGCCAUCAACACCUGGGCUUCAUCCUUGUUCAAGCUGAAUACCUACCCAUCUUGGGCAAACUCAACGUAUUGUUAGUGACACAAGGGAACCAAGAACUGCACCUAUUAGGACCAUAACAUGAGCAAAUCCAUCACUGACCCAAGCUUUGCUGAGGCAGUGGCUAAGAGACAGCUGUAUUCUGUGCAAAAGGACUUGCUAUCUAUGGGGAAGAUCAACCCAUUGAUAAGGUGAGGCAACCUCCUGCCUUUCAGCUGUUCCAGGUGUCUUCAGACUUUCUGCCUCUGCAGGGGAGCAUUUUCUCCAAGUACUACACUGUUCUUCAGGCUCUGCAUGUAAAGUCCUAAACCUGCAGUGAAUGAGAAAGAACUGUGUAUAUAUAUAUAAUAUAUAUAAAAGAAUAUAUAUAUAAAUAUAUAUAUAUAAAAGAAUGGAGAGAGACUCUGUGUACUGACUUCAUGCCUGUGUUUGUGUAUCAGCACUAAUGUGAAUAUUCACCUACAGGCACCAGUGUAUAUGUUCCAUAUGUACAUAAUGUCAUAUACUCUGUGGGCAAGAGAUAAAUCACUUGCUGUCAGCCUAUCCUAUGACUUUGAAAUGUAUAUAUUUACAGCCUACUCUGUUUUGAACGUAGAGGAUUGCUUUUAUCCUGAAACAUCCAUCCCGUUGUUAUUUAAGCAGCAUUACAGUCUGCAAUGUCUGGAAUAAAUGGCAGGAAUAGAAAUAUUCCCCUGAGAAGGACCUUGUGUCCUAAAGUGUAUAUGAUUAAUUAAAGGCUACUGUUUUUUAUGCUCAUGUACAAAUAUCACUGUAAAUAUACUUGUCUUCCGUGUGUCAA